AUGGCGUUCUUCUUGCGGCGCCCGUUCGCCGUUCCGACGGCGCUUCGUCAAAUCUCCAAGCCUGCUAACAGCGCUCGUUUCAUCCACAACACACCAUUCAAGCCUGCCCAGCCGAAGCCUACCGGUUCCUUCUCGUCUUCCAUCUUCGCCAAAUCCCGCCAGACCUUCCAGAAUGCUUUCCGCCGGACGUAUAUGCAACAGCCCACUUACAACACUCGUGGCGAACUUCUGCAAAAAUUGGGCUACGGUGCCGCCAUAGUAGGAGGUACCAUCAUCGCAACGAACCUGAUUUUCAACCGCGAGACCCGCGAGGAUGGCGGUAUGCCCCAUUACGAGCGCAGCUACCUGAACGAGACUUUCAUGCACACCGGACUUGGUGUUGGUAUUAUCGCUAUUGCCGCUCGCGCUAUGCACAUGAACGGAUUCUCCUACCGCAUGAUGGCUGCCAACCCUUGGUUGGUCAUGGGUCUUGGUCUCGUCGCUAGCAUUGGAACUAUGUACGGUACUUUGUACACUUCUCCUGACAACUACGUCAUGAAGUAUGGUCUCUGGACUGCUUUCAACAUUACACAAGCCGCUCUCCUGUCCCCUCUCAUGUUCAUGAGCCCCGCUCUGCUCGCCCGCGCCGGUCUCUACACUGUCGGAAUGAUGGGUUCCAUUGCUUUCGUUGGUGCCACCGCCAAGCAGGAGAAGUACCUGUACCUGGGUGGUCCUCUGCUCGCUGGUGUUGCCAUCGUUGCUCUCUCCGGUCUCGCUCCUAUGGUUCUCCCUGUCACCGCCACCCGCACUCUCAUGUGGUCCGAGAAGAUCUGGCUGUACGGUGGUCUGGCUGUCUUCGGUGGUUUCACCCUCUAUGACGUCCAGAAGAUCCUUCACCACGCUCGCCUCUCUCAGCGCGGUCUCGUUCGCAAGGAUGUUGUCAACGAGAGCAUCAGCUUGACCCUGGAUUUCAUCAACAUCUUCGUUCGCAUGGUCCAGAUUCUGGGCAUGCGCCAGCAGCGGAAGUAA